ACGCUUAAACCCCAGCACCUCGCCGCGCCGCGCCGCGCAGCCACAUGGCGAUGGCGUCCUCCACCUCCCCCUCCCCCUCCCCCUCCCUCUGCCGACUGCUCGUCCCCAGGCCGAGCCGCCCGGAGGGACUGGCGGCUCCUGCGGAGGCGGUGAAGCGGGAGGUGAAGGCGGAGGCGGGGGUGGAGGUGGAUGUGGAGGUGGGUGGCGUGGCGCCGCGCCCGAUGGAGGGGCUCGGGGAGGCCGGGCCGGCGCCGUUCGUGGCGAAGACGUACGAGAUGGUGGCGGACGCGGGCACCGACGCGGUGGUGUCGUGGUCGUGGGGGCCCGACGGGAAGGGGAGCUCCUUCGUGGUGUGGGACCCGCACGCGCUCGCCGCCGGCGUGCUCCCGCGCUUCUUCAAGCACGCCAACUUCUCCUCCUUCGUCCGCCAGCUCAACACCUACGGAUUCCGAAAGGUCAAUCCAGAUCGGUGGGAGUUUGCAAAUGAAGCCUUCUUAGCUGGUCAGAAGCAUCUGCUGAGAAACAUCAAGAGGAGGCGUGUUUCCAAGCCUCUCGUGGAUUCACAUCUAAGAAAUAAAACCAGUGUUGUUUUUGGACAGCCUGAGGCUCUUGGUGAGGUUGGCAGCUUGAAGAGAGACCGUGCAGCUCUCAGAGCUGAGGUCAUCAUGCUUAAGCAGCAGUACAACAACUGUAAAUCUCAGCUCAUUGCCAUGGAGGAGAUGGUCCAAAACAUUGAAAGAAGGCAACAGCAGACCAUCAACUUCUUUGCCAGGGUACUUACCAACCCGGUCUUCGUGCAGCAGGUUUUACUCAACUAUGUGAAGAAGAAUGGCCUAAGAGGCAGUGCAAAAAGACAACGGCUGAUGGAAAAUGAAGAACAUCAUGCUGAUUUGCCAUUGAACAAAGGUACGGAAGCUGCAUCUGCGAUGUCAGCUGAUGUUUCUGCAGGGAGCACUGGCUGCGGCACAGUUGGGAACGACGAGGUCACUCCUAAAUUCAGUGUCCAGAACAUUGACAAUAUGUGUGAUGAUGUCUGGGAAGAGCUGGAUGCCUUACCUGAAACUGGGAUGGAGCAGGAAGACAAGGCCGGGAUUUGCUUCGAUGUCGAGGAGUUCGUCGGAAGGCCUUGUGGUUGGGUUGAUGAUUGCCCAUACCUGGUAGAGCCAAUGCAGUUUGUGGAACAUUAGAGGCAUGAGAAAAUGCAAUCUACCGUUAGAAUAGUGGAGCUUGUUUAUAGAGUAUGAAUAUCUGUAUAUCAAUUACCCACUUCAGUCAACCAACUUAAGGCUGGCCCUCUCCGUACUGUCAAUAGCAUGAGCUCCUAGAACACUGAGCUCAGAUAUAGAAACAAACACUCUGGUAAUGCAAGCCAGGUGUUUGUAAAAAGUUAUAGGCGUAUUAAAGUUUUGUUAUUUGUAAAUUCUGCUAGAUGCAGCAAAUAUAUCGUGAUGUUUAUAACUUUGUAUACCGUCUGUGCAAUGUAGCUGAGAAAAUAUAUGGACUCCAGUUAUGCCAAUAUGGA